CCCCGCCCCUUUCUCUGCCCGCAACCCCCGGCCGUCCUUCCCCUUGGUACGCUCCAAGAUGGCGGCUUCCAUACUGCGGCGUGGGUUUCUCCUGGUGCGGAAAGUGGCUCUGCCUCAGUUCUCCCCGGCAGAAAAAAGGUGGCUGCUUUCUGCGGCAUACGUGGAUAGCCAGAAAUGGGAAGCAAGAGAAAAAGAACAAUGUCACCUUGCUGAUCUAGCAUCUUUAAUGGAUAAAACAUAUGAGAGAAAGUUACCUGUUAGUUCUUUGACAAUAUCACGGUUUGUAGACAACAUUUCAUCUCGAGAAGAAAUAGACCAUGCAGAAUAUUACCUUUACAAAUUUAGACACAGCCCCAAUUGCUGGUACCUGAGAGACUGGACUAUCCACACUUGGAUUAGGCAAUGUCUAAAGUAUGGUGCACAAGACAAAGCCUUAUAUACCCUUAUUAAUAAGGUUCAGUAUGGAAUUUUUCCAGAUAAUUUUACAUUCAAUAUACUGAUGGAUUAUUUCAUAAAGAAAGAAAAUUACAAAGAUGCUUUAUCGAUAGUUUUUGAGAUCAUGAUGCAAGAAGCCUUUGAAGUGCCUUCUACCCAGCUUCUCUCCCUCUAUGUUUUAUACCAUAGCCUGGAAAAGAAGACAGACUUCAGUUGGGAAGAGGAGAGGAACUUCGGUGCAUCCCUGUUACUCCCAGGCCUAAAACAAGAGAACUCAGUGGGUUUGAGUUCGCAGUUGUAUGGCUAUGCCCUUCUUGGGAAGGUAGAAUUGCGUCAAGGACUGCGGGCGGUGUACCACGACAUGCCUCUAAUUUGGAAACCAGGGUAUCUCGACAGAGCCCUUCAAGUGAUGGAGAAAGUGGCUUCCUCCCCAGAAAACAUAAAGCUCUGUAGAGAAGCGCUCGGUGUGCUGGAUGUAGUGCUGCAGGCUCUGACUUCUCCAGCCGAUGGCUCUUCAGAGGAACAGUCCCAAAAAGGUGGAGACCACCAGGGAGCAGAAGACUUGGUAGAACAUUUAGACAUAGAGGAAACCGAACAGUCCAAGCUUCCCCAGUACCUGGAACAGUUUAAUGCCUUACAUUCUAAGCUACAGGCUCUGGGCAAAGUUGAGUCAGAAAGCCUUUUGACUCUGACCACCCAGCUCAUCAAGGACAAGCUCCCCACCUAUGAAGCAGAGGACAUCGCCAACUAUGAGCAGAAACUGCAGCAGUGGCAUCUGGAGCAAGUACAGUUGAUUCAGAGGGAACGGGAGCAGAGGGAGAAAGCAAAACAGGAGUAUCAGGCUCGGAGAGCGGCAAAGGCAUCUGUCUAACGUGGCCCCGCAGGGCCCCAGCCCCUCCUACAGGAACUUCACUAGGCCCCAACGUAGGAUUCGUCGGUGACCACGACGGCAGCCUCAGCUUCCUCCGUAUUUCUUCUGCUUUGCUUAAAGCAGGACACAUGUGGUAUCCAAGCCAGGAUGCUCUACGUAGCUCUGAUAGAGGAGCACACCUGGGGAGAGAGGGACAAAGGUAUUACAUGGGCAGGACUUCAAACCAAGAACGGCACAUGGGCUUGUCAAACCCAGCCACUGUUUUGUAUAGUAUUUUCAAGGCCUUCACGUUUUUUUUUUCACAUUACACUUGACAUUGUGACUUUUGGCACUCUUCAGAACCUGUCUUUCAGGAUUAAGUCUGAAGGGAAACCAUCACAAUGACUGCCCAUCCAGAUGUCAAGAGGGGCUGUGAAAUUAUGAGUAUAGAAAGUGGUCAUACUGGGACCUCCAGCUAAAUACCUAAGCUCCUAAUACCUAGUGCUGUGGUGGGAGGAGCUGUGUGACUGAAGUGUCAGAUCUAAAGCACAGACUUUUGAAUGGUCUUCUCUCUCCCCAGCCCAGGCACACUGGGCCAAGGGGACCUGCAUGUCCUGAGACCCCAGUCUCCUGUCCAUUGAGCUGGUUGUAGGGUGUUCACUCAUUCCCACUUUGUCAUUUCCACCAUGCUUCGCUUUUCCAGACCAGAACCUGAGCUGCACAGAGAAAUCCAUAUGGGAGAGAACACAGGCCACGAACCUGCUUGAUUUCAAAUUUCAGUAACCCAAAGUGGUACCUUCAGAAUGUAAGGUCUUUGGAAGAGAAAGGUAGCCCUAGCUGUGAAGCCUCCUCGACUUGGCUUCUCCAUUAUGUUGGGGUGACUUUUUUUUUGUCUGAAAGCAUUGUCUUAGCUCUUUUAUCAAGUAGAUAAAAUGAGCCUAUUGUGUGUGCACACACGUGCACAACUUGUGAAUACACAUUUCUGUUAGAGAUGUUGGAGAGGGUGAGGGCUGAGAUAGGUCAUGAGAUGGAGAUGUGAAUAAUUGUAAAACUGUGAGGAGGUAGAAAAUUUCCUUCUGGUUUCUCCUCUGUGAAAGGGGUAGAGGGGCACCUUUUGCUUGCUAUGUAAUAAUUUUGCCUUUAAGUACAAUGGAGUAUUUUUAUUCACGAUUGUGCUCUUUCAUCAAGAACCUGUGGAAAUAAAUGUUGUAAGAUUAUUUUGGUAUAUUCUUUAUUUUUGGGGAAAGGGAAGUAGAGACAAAGAAUCUCACCAUCAUUAUUUUUACUAUGAUUUUAAGAACAUAUUUUCAACCCUCCUCCUCCAUUAGACUGCAGCGUUUAGUAAAAUAACAGCAACAGCAAACAUUUAUUGAGGAUUUACUGUGUGUCAGAUACUAUGCCAACAAUUCAAACCUUAUGAGGGAAGUACUGUUAUCUCCAUUUUAUGAAUGAGGAAACUGAAACUAAGCUGCCAUUCCUCCU